AUGGUGAAUGAAAUUAAGAAAACUGAGGAUAAUGUCAUCAGUACAUUAGGCGACAUUAAACAAACAGUUGCUGAUUUUACGGACAUGUUUGCAGAUAUGAGAGGGAACAUAACGGAUGACAUGCUAAAGAGAGGUGAUGAAAUCAAAAAGAGAGAAGAAUCGUUCAAAACAUCAUUUGAGGAAACAAGAGAAAACCUGACAAAUGGCAUAGAGGCUGAAAAAGAGAAACUUAUUCAACUCCAAGGAAAACUCGAACAACCUCCGAUCGCUUUCUACGCACAUCAUUUGAAAGACUUGAAGCUCGAUACAACGGAUGAAAUUCUCAUAUUCGAGAAGACGUUCACUAACGAGGGAACAGGUUACGACACGUCUACGGGAUUGUUCACAGCACCUGUUGGAGGACUGUACCAGUUUUCUGUUCAUACAUGUGCUUAUUAUAAAAAAUAUGCUUUUAUUGGCCUGGUGUUGGAAGGUAACGUAAUUGCAGCGGAUGCUAACUAUGGUGAUGAAUCUCAUGGCUGCAAUAAUUUUGGUUCAAUAGUGAGAGUAAAAUCAGGAGAACAAGUUUGGGUCAAAUCAACAUCGUCAAGUUCUAACCGCCAGCUACAUCAAGACUCAUUUAGGAUGAACACAUUCAAUGGAGAACUUGUCAAUAACUGAAAUUAGUAUAUCAUUAGAGCAACUCUUCAUGACUCAUUUGCAUCUUCUUGCAGUGAUAUUAACCGUGCCUUUGAUAUAUCGAAAGCUACCUCAAGUAACGAUUUAUACUAUCUGUGUUACCAUCAACGCGUUAUUAUGAUGUCUGGUGAUGUCAAAUCUAACCCGGGGCCUAUAAAUGAUAUGUCACCAUCACAUAGUGGCCUACCACAUCCUGUUUUUUUCCAUAGUCCUGGGCAUUUUGCUCACCCAGAUAAGCAGUGUAUUGUGCAUUCCAUGGCAAAAUACAAUUAGCAAAUGUUUGAUGCCAUUUCAGAAGGUAAUCAUGAAGUAAGUGCUGUUAGGUUAGACAUAAGAAGUAUGAGACAUGAGCUUCGUGAAAUCAGUAUGAAGGUUACGUCUGUUGAAACUAAGACGAGGAGGUAAAAAUAUAAACGAUGUUUUACAUCAAAAUUACAUAUCAUAAACAUAAAACAUCAAUACCAAAACAUUUUGAUAAAAUACGAAAUAAACUUGAC